AUGGGAAAUUGUUUAAAGAUUUCAAAUUACAACAAAAGAUCCAAUUCUUAUUUGAAUAAUAAACUUAUAAAUACAUCAUCAAAUCAUUUGCAAUUAUUACGUAAUAUCUAUCAUAAUUAUAAUAAUAUUGAUUAUAGUAAUUCAAUAUCUAUGAAAAAUUUAAAUGAAUUAAAUCAAUACUUUUUAUUAAAUAAUCAUAAAUUCAAACAAUUAAAUUAUAAUAUACAUGAUUUAUUAAAUGAGAAUUCUUUAAAUAAACUUCAUUCUUAUUCAAUAUUAAAUAGUGAUGAUCAUGAUAUUAGUAAUGAUAGAGAGUUGAAUUAUGAUUUCUUAUUUUUAAAAAAAUCAAAUUCAAUUAUUUCUAAUUAUCAUAACAUUGAUUUAUUAAUUGAAAAUAAAUUUAAAAAUUAUUUUAUUCCUAUAAACAAUGAGAAAAUUGAACAUACUACUAUAAUUACUACUACUAAUACUACUAAUAUUACUAUUAGUAAAAAUCAGAAUAAUUUCAAUAUGUUAAAAUCAACUAAUUGGCCAUUAAUUAAUACAUCUAUACUUGGAUUUACUGUUUUAAAAUCUAAUAUGUUAAAUUUGAUGGAAUGGUUACAAUAUAAUGAAAAUGAAACAUAUUCAAAAAUUAAUCUAAAUCAAUUAUCAAUUAAAGAUAAACAAAUAAAAACAAAUGAUUUAAAUGAAACAAAUACAAAUAUUAAUAAUAACAUUUUGUUACCAAGUGGAUGGUUACGUUAUACCAUGUUUAUAUAUCAAACAAAAUUAGAUAUAAUUGAAUUUUUAAUAAUAUUUCAUAGAAUGAAAUAUUAUUUGCAUAGUUUAGAAAUAAAAACAGGUUGUAAAAUUUUAAUAAGUAAAUGUUUAUUUAUGUAUAAAGGGAAUUUAGUACGUAAAUUUGUAAUUGAUGGACCAAAUAAAAAACAAAUUCUUCAAUGUUAUUCAAGUUUACCUCAAUUAUUUAUUCGAUUGUUAAUAUUGAAAUGUGACAGACCAAGUACAUUAUAAUUCAAAUAUGAGUAUUAAAUAAAUCCAAAAAAAAAAUAAUAGAAGAAUUAAAAAAGAUUUUGUGGAUGUGGUCUUUUUCAUUUUUAAAACAGUCUCCUCUGAUUGUUCAAUAUUCAUUUAUUUUUACAGCAAUGUAUAUAUUGUAUACAAGCACGGCAAAGCAACAAUGUAAGACUCUCUCUCUCUCUCUCUCUCUCUCUCUCUCUAUAUAUAUAUAUAU